UUAGACAAACUGUGCAAACGGAUCCCCCUGUUCCUUCAGUCUAAAUAGGUUCCUCUCUGUACCGGAAGUCUCGCGAGCGGUAUUGGUGACGCUGCAUACAGCGACAUGGCGCUACUCCGUUUGGUCAGCAUUCUGGUCUCCUUCCUGGUUUUCGGAGCCUUGGCCCUAAACCCCACUCAUCACCUGACUGCUUCGGAUGUGGAGCGUCUUCAGGGUUUUCUGGAGCAGCCCUUUACGGAUCUGAAGUCAGCGUACUUCUCGGUCGUCGGUCUGAGCAAGCUGGGAGAAGAUGUGCCCGACUCGGACGAGGCUUGCAGCUUCAUUAAGUCCAACCUGGAUACUUCCAGCAUCGAAUCUCUGUUUUAUGUAGCUGAGGCUAGUCAAGUGCUUUCCUCUUGUGAGAUCAAUGUAUCGAACGAGACUCGGGACUUGCUCCUCGCCACCGUAAGUGAGGACUCCACCAUCUCUCAGAUCCACCAGGCUGUGAGCGCUCUUAGCUCUCUGGGACUCCCUCUGGCAUCGCAAGAGGUGGUCGGUGCCCUUAAAGCACGUAUCGCAAAGGAAGACAAUGUCAUGGCCAUCAUACAGGCUCUGCAGGCUGCCUCCCGUCUCUCUCAGCAGGCUGAACUCGGAGAUAUCCUGGAGGAAAUUGAGGAUCUGGCUGCUCGACUGGACGACCUGGGAGGUGUGUAUCUUCAGUUCGAGGAAGGUCUGGAGGCUACUGCACUGUUCGUGUCCGCAGCGUACGCUCUGUCUGAUCACAUGGACGUGGAGCCUCCACUGAAAGAGGACCAGGUGAUCCAGCUGGUGAACUCCAUCUUCAGUAAGAAGUCGUGGGACUCUCUGUCUGAGGCGUUUAGCGUGGCCAGCGCCGCCGACGCGCUUUCCAACAACCGUUUCCACAAGCCGGUCAUUGUUAAAGCUCUGGGCUCUGCAUCGGUCUCACACAGCCAGCCUCUGCUGCAGCUCCAGGUAACCGAUGUCCUGUGUCAGCCUCUGAGCUCGGCUAACGUGCUGGUGGAAUCGGCCACCUCUGUGUCCUCCAAGGCUGUAGUCCUGAGUCAGACCCCCUUCACCCUGCGAGAUGACAUCUUUGAGCUGAACUUCAUGGCCAGCCAGCCUGCAAGCGGUUACUAUCAGUUCUCUGUGGCCGUCACCGGAGACAGUCGCCUGGUGGCCAACCAAAUCGAUCUCAAGGUAAAAGUCUCUACCAAGGUAGCCAUCAACAACAUGGACCUCUCUGUGGUGGACAAGGAUCAGAGCAUCGGUGCCAAAACCACCCGAGUGGAAUAUCCAAACAAAGCCAAGACCUCAUUCUUGGCUGACAGCCACCAAAACUUCGCUAUGACCUUCCAGCUGGUGGACGAAGCCACCAGAGUGGAGCUCACACCUCACCAGACCUUCGUAAGGCUGCACAACCAGAAGACGGGGCAGGAGGUGGUAUUCGUGGCCGAGCCGGACAACAAGAACCUGUACAAGUUUGAGCUGGACACAACCGAGAGAAAGACGGAGUUCGACUCCAUCUCAGGCACCUACACUCUCUACCUGAUGGUGGGAGACGCCACGCUGGAGAACCCAGUCUUAUGGAACGUGGCGGACGUUGUUCUCAAGUUCCUCGAUGAAGAGGCUCUGACUACGAUUCAGUCAAAGAACCUGUACGUUCCCAAACCAGAGAUUCAGCAUAUGUUCCGUGAGCCAGAGAAAAGACCUCCUACUGUCCUGUCCAACACUUUCACCGCACUCGUCCUCUCUCCUUUCCUGCUGCUGCUCAUCCUGUGGUUCAAGCUCGGUGCCAACAUUUCCAACUUCAGUCUGUCCCCCAGCUGUGUGCUGUUCCACGUUGGCCAUGCUGCCAUGCUGGGCCUGAUGUACGUGUACUGGACUCAACUGAACAUGUUCCAGACUCUUAAGUACCUGGCCAUCCUGGGAAGCCUCACCUUCCUGGCUGGGAACCGCAUGCUGGCCCAGAAAGCAGUUAAAAGACAGAAAAGCUAAACGAUCACCGAAAGCAGCCGUGAGGAGAACAGAGCUUCAUAUCGUUCUUGUCUUUAUUUAAGUGAAGAAAUCCGGCACGAAAGCAUCAUUUCCAUGGACGUUAACUGACAAGGCUGUGACGGCUCAUGGAAGUUUAUCGGACCGUUCCCAUUUUAAAAAAGGAAGAAAAAAAAAAAAAUCGGAAUCAAAUCUGAAAAGACAAAUGCAGUUUGGACGUUUUCAUUGUUUUUUGUUUUUAUAAACACACCCAGCUGAAUGCACUGUAAGUGAUCCAUUGGGGUUUUGACUUUUUGAUUGUCACUGAUUUUGUUCAGGUGAUUUUUUUUUUUUUUCUCACAGCAAGCUGUAAAUAUUUCUCUGUUGUGUUCAUAAGUUGGUUCUCAAGGGGAGAUUUGGAUUUUUGCUUAUCAGUUUUCUUUAUAUCUGUACGGACAACACACAUGACCAUUUUUACAGCUUGUUACCACACCGAACGCUCGUCUCACCAAACCGUGGUUUUGUAAAGAAAACAAUUGAAAAAAAAAAUAAAAAGAAAAAAACACAAA